AUGACACUGAUACGCUCUACAUUGCCAGUGACAGAAUCUGUCCCAGUUCAAAGCCAUGACUCAAUUAGUUAUGAUAUAGCAAAAGCAAUAAUCUUUGAUAACAUCGACAGCCAUGAUGCCGACCUGCAAGGCAUCAAUCACAAGAUCCACGCCAAUCCAGAACUUUGUUUUGAGGAAUUCCAAGCUCAUGAUAACCUUGCCGACUUCCUCGAAUCCCACAACUUCACGGUCACACGCCACGCCCACGGCCAUCCUACCGCUUUUAGCGCCGAGUUUGGUUCCGGCGGCCGCGUUCUCACAUUCUGUGCAGAGUACGAUGCGCUCCCGGGAAUAGGCCAUGCCUGUGGCCACAACCUAAUCGCCGUCACUUCUGUCGCCUCAUUUCUCGGUAUUGCAGCAGCUCUAGCCGCCUCCUCGAUACCAGGCCGCGUUCAUCUGCUUAGAACACCAGCAGAGGAGGGCGGCGGUGGAAAAAUCAAAUUGAUUGAUGCCGGAGCCUUCAGCGACGUGGAUGCAAGCAUGAUGAUCCACCCCGUGGGCAAGGAUGCAGUUCCUGCCGGCACCGCGGGUGUUGCCUAUGGUACUUGUCUCACAGGUCAAAUAGGGAAUGUGGAAUUUACGGGGAAGGCAGCCCAUUGUGGGACGGCGCCAUGGGAAGGUAUCAACGCAUUAGAUGCGGCUACGCUUGCAUAUAGUGCCACUGGGAUGCUCAGACAGCAGAUGCGACCCGAGAAUCGAAGUGGAAUUGUUAUCAAGGAAGGUGGACAGAAAAGCAAUAUCACGACGCCUCACACGACAAUCGAAUACAGUAUUCGGACUCGUACUCUGAAAGAAGCUAAGAGUAUCAAGACGAGGGUGGAGAACUGUUUUAGAGGUGCAGCGUUGGCAACUGCGUGUGAAGUUGUUUUUAAAGAUGCUAUGGGCGUGUACGCAGAUCUGCGCUCAAACGAGACUCUCUGCAACGAGUUCACUUCGGCAAUGAGCGAGCUUGGGGAGCUAUAUCACAGCAACAUCGCCAGUAACACGGCAGCGUCGUUUGGCACUGACAUGGGUAAUGUCUCUCACGUUGUCCCUACAUUCCACGGUCUCUUUGCUAUCGCAGCCGCAAAGGGCGAGGCAAAUCACACGCCCGACUUUAAAAGAAUUGCUAUUUCAAACGAGGCAUAUAAGAGUGCAAUAAAUGCAGCUAAGGGCAUGGCGAUAACAGGUUGGAAGUUCUUGGCAGAUGAUUCAGUAGCUGAAAGUAUAUUAUUGGAUUUCGAGAGGUUGAGUCAAUUAUGA